AUGUUAGAAACUGGGCAUUUCACCAGCAGAGCGCUGCUAGCAGGUGGCGCCGCAUGCCUGGCCCUCGGCUUGGCUGUCCGGGCUCUGCGGGGAGCCAGGUCAGCUUCAGGGAAGCGAUACGUCCCGUCGCCGAGGACAACCGUCCUGCCAAGGCUGUCGGAAAAUGAGCGGGCUGCUGUACCGUAUCUCCCGGAUGCGCUACCGGGUGCGCGGAGCGUCCAGACCCCCUACGGCUCGAUCCAGGUGUUUGAAUGGGGCCCUGAAGACGGCGAGCGGGUAUUACUGCUCCAUGGGAUAGGAACGCCCUGCCUUGCCCUGGGAGACUUGGGCGAGGAGCUGGUUCACAAUGGGUACAGGGUAAUGCUCUUCGACUUCUUUGGCCGCGGCUUUUCCGACGCUCCCAUAGAUGUCACUUACGACAUGCGCCUCUACACUACCCAGAUCUUGCUCGUCCUCGCCUCCUCGCCUCUCCCCUGGACUGGUGACAACGGUUUCCACCUAGUGGGCUACUCACUAGGCGGCGGCAUAGGCGCCUCCUUCUCCCGCUACUUCCCGCGCAUGGUCCGCUCUCUCGUGUGCGUUGGCGGCGGUGGGCUCAUUCGCAAGUGCCAUGUCAGUCGCAAGAGCAAGCUGCUGUACUCUACGGGCCUCCUGCCCGAGUGGCUACUGCAAGCGUUGGUCAAAUCACGUCUGAAGCCAAAGGACACAGUCACGGAGCAGACCAUGGUAGCUGAGGUCACGGACCUGGACACGGAAGAUCCUAGAGUUCAGCGACUGGGAGGGAAUGACAGCACGGGCGGGCCGUCGUUUGACGAGGCUCCCAUCUCGGCCCGCUGGCCGGGGGUCACCGUGUCGAAGGUGAUGUCGUGGCAGAUACAACAUCACGAGGGUUUUGUUCCUGCUUUCAUGAGCACGAUCCGGAAUGCCCCGAUUUACGAGGAGGUCGAGGAGUGGGCAGCACUUGGCAAGCAGCUGCGUCGACGCAGAGUUGAGUCUGGGGGACAGGGUGUCCUGCCCGGACUGAAGGGCGGGAAGGUCUUGCUAAUACUAGGAUCCUCAGAUCCGGUGAUCUUGAUGGACGAGAUAGUCCCUGAUACCAAAGCUAUCUUGGGAGACGAUGCGGUUGAGAUCUCCAUAAUAGAUGCAGGUCACGAAGUCGCCAUCGCCCAGGGAGUUGAGGUGGCUCAGACAGCCAUGGCAUAUUGGAGGUCGAUAUAG